AUGGAAAUCACUAAUGAAAAUAACACACAACAAGAGAUUAUUCCUGUACAAUAUUCUUUAGAGGAACGAGUCCAAUUACUCGAGUUACGUAUGGAAGAACUUGUGGAAGCCAAAAAUUAUAUGAACAUGGUGAGAAGUUUCUGGAAGUUGAUUUAUAAAUAAUAAAAUGAAGUGUUUUCAGAUGUUGAAAGGUACAACCGAAGCACAACAUCGAAAUAAUACUCUUUUGGAUGAAUUAAGCGAUGGGCAGAAGAAGAUGAUGAAGAAUAUCAAGAAUAUCACACAUUCUGUGAGAUUUAAAGGUGAGCUUCGACUUUUUAGUUGAAAAUAUUGAAUUUUUUCAUUUUUCAGACCAACCCGUCGUUGAGAAACAUGUAUAUGACCAAGAUGCGGGAAUUGCGCCAACUGCAACACAAAAAGAAAAAGAUAAGAAGAAAUCUGGAAGCAAAGUGACUGCGAAGAAGCCAAAAACAGUUCCAACUAGAAGAAGUGUAAGAGGUUUUGAUAUUUUCAAAAACAAAUUGAUGUUUUUCAGCCCCGCUUGCUCGCAAAGCAGAAAUAAAUCAACUCAUGAAGUUUUUACGGUAUGAUUUUAUCAAUUUUUAACUUUUUAAUAAAUCCUGUUGAAACUCAGAGAUUUUUCGAUGAAAAAUGCGAAAAAUUAA